AUGGAUUUGGCCCUCCACCACCUCUCUUCCGGCUGGGAGAAACGAGCCGAGGCCACAAUGGAGGUUCCAUUGAUAUCCAAACAGGGUCAGACGAUAGUGAUGUGGAUUGGGGUGGCACUCUCAUUUGUUCUCAUUGUUAUUCGAACACACGUUCAAUAUCAAAAUAGCAAGCAGCUAUUCCUCAAUGACUACUGGAUAUUCCUCGCCAUGCUCUGCCACUUAGCAACCGCUAUAGUCUACCAAUUUGCCAUGUCCCCCAUGUACGAGGUCGCAUAUAUCGGGGCAGGAUUGAAGACUCCGACGGCGGGAUUUAUGGAUCGAGCAUCGGUUUUCCUCAAAUUACAAUAUGCUGCCGAUAUUCUCAUAUGGACCGCGUUGUGGUCGGUCAAGUUUUCGCUUCUCUUCUUUUUCUGGCGGUUGUUUGACUCGGUGAAUUCUUCCAUAAGGGUGUUCUGGUGGAUCAUGUGUGGGAUCACUGCGUCGACAUGGAUCAUAAGUGUGGUAAUGCAGGAAUUUGCUUGUGAUCCUAUCAGCAAUUUCUUCAUACUAGGAGCAUGUUCAUCCAAGAAAGAUCUAUUCAUCUCAAACCUCAUUUUCCGCUUUUCUAUCGGGGCCGACAUUGCAGGUGAUGUUUGCGUAAUGUUGAUCCCCUUUCCCCUGCUCUAUAAAUUGAAGAUCAACCGUCGAAAGCGCUGGAUCUUGAUUGGUUUAUUCACACUGCCAAUUAUUCCAAUUAUAUUCGCCAUCUUACGCCUGGUCAUGACCAACCCGAAAACACACAACGUCGAUCCGAUAAAAUUCCAACUAUUCUCUUUGCUAGAAAACACUGCCGCAAUUGUUACCUCCUGUCUACCCGCCUUCCGUCUCUUCGUUGCCAACGUGCAUAAUCCCACGGUCCAUAGUGAUUCGCGACCCUCCCAUCGGUAUUCGCGAGGCCUUCGUGGCUCAUACAGAAACUUCGGAGCUUCGUCGCUAAACAAGCAACAGGCAGGAAUCCCUUUCGACUCCUUCAACUAUGGAUCUCAUGAUACACAUAUAGUUCAUGAUAAAGGUUUAAUUGGGAAAGCGAUCUCAAAGGACAGUGAUGAGGAGUGUCUCAAUCCUUACAAUCCCACACCUACUCACGGUGUUCUUGUCACACAAGAAUAUCAUGUCACCUGA